AUGGGGUUGUCGACUUUAUCGCGUCCAGACGUCUCGUUCGCCGUGCGUGCGGGAGCGCGCCACGCCCACGCCCCGGCGAAGCGGCACUGGGAUGCCAUACAGAAGAUCCUCGGCUACCUGAAAGGGACGAGGGAACUCGGCAUCACCUACCAACGGGGAUCGGCGUUAGGGCUGGCCGUGUACGUAGACGCUAGCUACGCCGACACGGAGGAUAGGCGUUCGGUGUCAGGGUUGGCGACGACGGUUGGAGGUACCGUAGUCAGCCAUGGUAGCAAGACGCAGAGUAUCGUGUCUUUGUCUUCAACGGAAGCCGAGUACAUUGCUGCCGGGGAGGGUGUCAAGGAGGCGUUGUUUGUGCGUGCUGUGCUUUCGUUUGUCGCCCCAGAGACCAGUGGUAGCAGCAUCAAGGUCCUUGAGGACAACCAGGGGGCCAUAGCCAUCAAGGUCCUUGAGGACAACCAGGGGGCCAUAGCGUUGGUGCNUAGCUACGCCGACACGGAGGAUAGGCGUUCGGUGUCAGGGUUGGCGACGACGGUCGGAGGUACCGUAGUCAGCCAUGGUAGCAAGACGCAGAGCAUCGUGUCUUUGUCUUCGACGGAAGCCGAGUACAUUGCUGCCGGGGAGGGCGUCAAGGAGGCGUUGUUUGUGCGUGCUGUGUUUUCGUUUGUUGCCCCAGAGAGCAGUGGUCGCGCGAAACACAUCGCUGUUCGGUUUCAUUUCAUCCGCGGAUUGUUUAGGUCGGGGGAUAUUUCGGUCAAGUUUGUCCCGACAACGGAGCAACACGCGGACCUCCUCACCAAGGCCCAUAGCAGGGCCAGUCUGCAGUAUCACCGGCACAAGCUGAUGAAUUUGCCGGAGUAGCUGUAGCAGUUUCUAGCACUUGGGAGAGGCCAUGUUUUCCAUGCGGGGGAAGGCGCACAACUGUUGCGGUCUGUGUACCAAUGGCAGGAGUAGGGGGCGUUGGGAGACCAUCGUCCGGGGGAACGUAGUUCCUCGCGUUCUUGUCUUCGCCUUGGCCUUUCUAUUAAGUGCGGCCGUUGUGAUCCGCUGUGAUAGCGACGGUUUU